AUGUCGAUUGGUGCCGUAGUCAGACAAGUUGCUUCCAAUUCAGCUCAAAACCCUACUUCUCGUUUGCGUUUAAGAAAGGCUGCUUUAACUCUGACACCUGCUGCUGUUUCUCGUCUCAAGACUUUGACUGAAGGACCAACACCGCAGUAUCUUCGAGUUGGAGUUAAACAAAAAGGUUGUUCAGGCAAUUCUUAUGAUUUACAGUUUACUGAUCAUAAGGGCAAGUUUGAUGAGAUUGUGAAUCAAGAUGGUGUCACUGUGCUUGUCGACUCAAAAGCUUUGAUUACAGUGCUAGGAAGUGAAAUGGAUUUUGUUCAAGACAAAUUAUCAGAGCAUUUUGUAUUUAACAAUCCAAAUGCAAAGGGAACUUGUGGGUGUGGAGAAUCAUUUGCUAUCUAA